AGCUCGGCUGUGCAGUGUGUAGAAUUGGAAAGUCGUAAACAUGUCAGGGAGAGGUAAAGGAGGUAAAGGGCUCGGGAAAGGAGGCGCUAAGCGUCACAGGAAGGUUCUUCGGGAUAACAUCCAGGGCAUCACCAAACCCGCCAUCCGUCGUCUCGCUCGCCGCGGCGGAGUCAAGCGUAUCUCCGGUCUGAUCUACGAGGAGACCCGCGGUGUAUUGAAGGUGUUUCUGGAGAACGUGAUCCGCGAUGCUGUCACCUACACCGAGCACGCCAAGAGAAAGACCGUCACCGCCAUGGACGUCGUGUACGCGCUGAAGCGACAGGGACGCACUCUGUACGGCUUCGGAGGAUAAACUCAUCUGUACACUCACAAACACCCAACGGCUCUUUUAAGAGCCACCCACAUUUUCAGAAAGAGCUCUUUUCAUAAUGUUCUCUGAAUUGUGUAAUAAAAAAGCACACCGAGUUCUUCGAUUAAAAUUUUCAUAAAGAAAAAGUUUUAGCGCACUAAAAUAUAAAUACUUUUUGUCUUAAUAUAGAUAUUAAAUUGAUUGACUAACGGUAAAUCGUGUUCUCUCCAAUAAU